UAAAUGUGGCUGCUUUGGCAGUAUGCCUUGACUGUUCUCCGGUGAAAACUUGGACUUGUACCUGGCAGCGAAAGCACGUGGACGUCACGCUUCGCUCCGGACAGAACACAAUUCUCACUGGUGCUUUGCCUUGGAUGAAGUCGUAGACCAGCACCUGCUAACUACAGGUUUUCGAGCCCAUCUGUCGUGUCGUUUUGCACGGCACUGGAGCCUUGACUACAGCGGCCCACGGCGAUUUCUCACGCUUCACCAGUGGACGUACACGUCUUGCUAGCGUUGCAUUUCUACGUCAACGGCAGCUUCCAGUCCACGGACGUCUUUUGCCUGUGGCUGCAGAGCACAUUCCAUUCCCGAUGACGCUGACGGCUGCUAAUAUCGUUGUGCCAUCGAUUGCAGAUUUUCGUAAGGUCGUGGGAUACAUCGAUUGCAAGCACUGGCAAAUCAAGCCACCUUAUGACUUGGAGCACCUGUACAGAAAUAGGAAGGACUUGUGCUCCCUAAAUCUACAAGUCUUUUGCAACGGUGGGGGUGUCAUCAUCCAGCCGACCUCAAAGGGGCCUGGAAGCACGCAUGGCAGCCUCAUCUGGAUGGACUGUGCUCUGCCUGGGAGCUUCAAGGGUAGAAAACUGCAUAAUGGCUGGUUGCUAGGUGACUCUCGCUAUGCCUGAGAGCCAUGGGUGCUCACCCUCCUGUCCGUGGCUGGCCCAGCUGAGCAGCAGUGCAGUGCAGCCCCCACCCAUGCAAGACAGGUCAUACAGUGCACCUUUGGUGUUCUGAGCAGGACACAGCGUAUCCGUCCGGCAUGGCAGUGACAUCAAUAAUAAUGAUGGUGAGUGUUUGUG